CUUGAUUAGCAGGUCACGUAAACACUCCUAUAGUCCCCAUUAAUCAUCAUCUCCUUAAUUAAAAAAUGCACACCCUUUGAUUUUGUCAAACUUUUUUUCUUAAAUAAUAAAUCUUUAAUCCUUCGAAUCAAAGUUCCUCAAUUAAUUAAAUUUUCCCGAUUAACAUUAUCCGCUAAAUAAUUGAGAAGUAUAAUUACAUUGAAUAAUUGGCAAUUUUGGAAUUGCUUUACCUUUCGGUUGAUAGUUAGGGUUCCUAAUCAAAUUCAAUUAUGCAGUAGCAAUUGUCGUUGACUUGCCACCAAAUUGCAAUCAACGUCAAUUUUUUUGAUUUCUGAUUAACAUCCGCCAUCUUCUCCUUUUCCCCCCAUUAAUUCUGCCUCUAGAUCCGUAAUUACCCCAUUUUCUCUCUCUUCCCCUGUUUUUCUGAUCCGAAAUUUCUACAAAUAACCGAUUUUUUCUGGAAUUCAGCCAAUUCUAGGUCAAAACCUUGAGUUUAGUUUUCUGGGUUUCACCAAUCGCAUUUGAAAUAUUCGAAAUUCUGGAAAAAUCGAUCAUCAGUAGACAUUUAAGGGGGAAAAGACAGAGAGAUGAGUAGUGAUAAGGAAGGAGUGAAGCUAGACGACGAGCAAAUCGCAGAAUUGAGGGAGAUUUUCCGGUCAUUUGAUCGAAACAACGAUGGAAAAUUGACUCAAUUAGAGUUAGGAUCGUUGUUGCGAUCAUUAGGGUUAAAACCCAGCGAAGAUCAGGUGGAAACCCUAAUUCAAGCAGCAGAUAAGAACAGCAAUGGGAUGAUUGAAUUUUCGGAGUUCAUCUCCCUGGUAUCCCCUGAUUUAAUCCCAACAAAAUGCCCUUACAGUGAGGAACAGCUUAAGCAGUUGUUUAAGAUGUUUGAUAGGGAUGGCAAUGGGUUGAUCACUGCGGCGGAGCUCGCCCAUUCAAUGGCGAAGCUCGGCCAUGCUUUGACCGCCGAGGAGCUCACUGGUAUGAUCAAGGAGGCUGAUACCGACGGCGAUGGUUGUAUCAACUAUCAGGAAUUCUCUCAGGCGAUCACUUCGGCUGCCUUUGAUAAUUCUUGGACUUGAAUGGAGCUGGCUUUGCUGGUUUGUGAGUAUUUAGACCCUCUUUUCUUGUUUCAAGGAUACAUGAUUUUGUUCAGCAAUUUUGUGUUGACCUUUUAUUACUACAUAUAUUGUCAGUUCCUGUGUUUGAUCAAGGUUUAUGUGGAUUGUUUUUCGUGUUUUUUGGAUGACAUUAAGUGUUUAUUUUGGAAUUAUUACUCUAUCUGUUUGUAUAUAUACCAGUGGUUUAUAACUUUA